AUGGCAAGAAAGAAGCUGAAAAAGUUCACUACUUUGGAGCUUAUGCUCAGUAUUCUUCUGCUUGUGGUGUUUAUCAUCACUAUUCCCAUCUUCGUGCUUUCAGCCAGAGAUUCCCUGGAAUCACAAGAUCCUGGGACGACAGUUAGCCCAGAUCCUGGGACAAGUACCACCCCUGGUUCUGCUGAGUGCCCAGUGGUAAAUGACUCGGAACGGAUAAACUGCAUCCCUGACCAAUCACCAACAAAGGCUACCUGUGACCAGCGUGGCUGUUGCUGGAGUCCUCAGGGAACCAUAAGUAAGCCCUGGUGCUACUAUUCUAAGAAUCAUGGCUAUCAAGUAGGGGGCGACCUCGUGAACACAAAUGCAGGAUUCACAGCCCAGCUGGAAAGGUUGUCUUCUUCAUCUCUGUUUGGAAAUGAUGUCAACAAUGUCCUUCUCACAGCAGAAUACCAGACAUCUAACCGUUUCCACUUUAAGUUAACUGACCAAAACCAGAACAGAUACGAAGUACCCCAUGAACACGUGCAACCCUUCACAGGAAAUGCUGCCUCUUCCUUGACAUAUAAAGUUGAGGUCUCCCAACAGCCGUUUGGCAUCAAAGUGAUCAGAACGAGCAACAAUCGUGUUCUGUUUGACUCCAGCGUUGGGCCCCUGCUGUUUGCUCACCAGUUCCUGCAACUCUCCAUCCGACUCCCUAGUGCCAACGUUUAUGGGCUGGGAGAACACGUGCACCAGCAGUACCGGCAUGACAUGAACUGGAAGACCUGGCCCAUAUUUGCCAGGGACACCACCCCCAAUGGGGAUGGAACUAACUUGUAUGGUGCACAGACAUUCUUCCUAUGCCUUGAAGAUGCUAGUGGAUUGUCCUUUGGAGUGUUUCUGCUGAACAGCAAUGCCAUGGAGGUUUUCCUCCAGCCCACCCCAGCUAUCACUUACCGCACCAUCGGGGGCAUUCUCGACUUUUAUGUGUUCUUGGGGAAUACUCCAGAGCAAGUUGUUCAAGAAUACUUAGAGCUCAUUGGACGGCCAGCCCUACCCUCAUACUGGGCGCUUGGGUUUCAUCUCAGUCGUUAUGACUAUGGAACCCUAGAGAACAUGAAAGAAGUGGUGGAGAGAAACCGCGCUGCACAGCUGCCUUAUGAUGUUCAGCACGCUGAUAUUGAUUACAUGGAUGCAAGAAAGGACUUCACUUAUGAUCCAGUAGCUUUCAAGGGCUUCCCUGAGUUUGUUAAAGAAUUACACAAUAACGGACAGAAACUGGUCAUCAUUGUGGAUCCUGCCAUCUCCAACAACUCUUCCCUAAGUAAUCCCUAUGGCCCGUAUGACAGGGGUUCAGAUAUGAAGAUAUGGGUGAAUACUUCAGAUGGAGUGACUCCACUUAUUGGGGAGGUCUGGCCUGGAAAAACUGUGUUUCCUGAUUACACCAACCCUAAGUGUACUGCUUGGUGGACAAAUGAAUUUGAGCUUUUCCACAGUCAAGUAGAGUUUGAUGGAAUCUGGAUUGAUAUGAAUGAAGUUGCCAACUUCGUGGAUGGCUCAGUUUCAGGAUGUUCCACGAGCAAUCUAAAUUAUCCCCCAUUCACUCCCAAAAUCCUGGAUGGGUACCUGUUCAGCAAGAGCAUCUGCAUGGACGCAGUGCAGCACUGGGGGCAGCAGUACGACGUCCACAACCUGUACGGCUACUCCAUGGCCAUCGCCACUGCAGAAACGGUCAAGACUGUGUUCCCCAACAAGAGAAGCCUCAUUUUAACCCGUUCUACAUUUGCGGGUUCUGGCAAGUUUGCAGCCCACUGGUUGGGAGACAAUGCAGCCACCUGGAACGACCUCCGAUGGUCCAUCCCUGGCAUGCUCGAGUUCAACCUUUUUGGUAUCCCAAUGGUGGGUGCUGACAUAUGUGGCUUUAUACUGGACACUUCUGAAGAGCUCUGCAGACGGUGGAUGCAGCUGGGAGCAUUCUAUCCAUUUUCCAGGAAUCACAAUGGCCAAGGCUACAAGGCCCAGGAUCCAGCCUCCUUUGGCACCGACUCGCUGCUGUUGAAUUCCUCCAGGCACUACCUGACCAUCCGCUAUACCCUUCUGCCCUAUCUCUACACCCUUUUCUACCGUGCUCACAGCCGCGGGGACACCGUGGCCAGGCCCCUUCUGCAUGAGUUCUACCAGGACAGCAACACCUGGGAUGUGCACCAGCAGUUUUUAUGGGGGCCCGGCCUCCUCAUCACUCCAGUCCUGGAUGAGGGUGCAGAGAAAGUGACCGCAUACAUGCCUGACGCUGUCUGGUAUGACUAUGAGACUGGGGUCCAAGAGAGAUGGAGGAAGCAAAAAGUGGAGAUGGAACUUCCUGGAGACAAAAUUGGACUUCACCUGCGAGGAGGCUACAUCUUCCCCACGCAGCAGCCAGCCACGACCACAGUGGCCAGUCGACGGAACCCUCUUGGUCUAAUCAUUGCCCUGGAUGAGAACAAAGAAGCAAAAGGCGAACUUUUCUGGGAUGAUGGGGAAACAAAAGAUACUGUGGCCAACAACCUUUAUCUCUUAUGUGAGUUCUCCGUCACCCAAAACCGACUGGAGGUUAAGAUUUUGCAGUCAACCUACACAGACCCCAAUAAUUUAGCAUUUAAAGAAAUUAAAAUCCUUGGAACCCAGAAGCUUAACAACGUUGCAGUGAAACAGAACGGUGUUCCAAUUCAAGUUUCUCCUAAUGUCACUUACGAUUCUAACCUACAGGUGGCCCUUAUCACAGGAAUUGAUCUUGUUCUGGGAGAAACAUACACGGUGGAGUGGGAUGUGAAGAUACGAGAUGAAGAAAAAAUAGACUGUUAUCCUGAUCAGACUGGUGUUUCUGCAGAAAACUGCACUGCCCGCGGUUGUGCCUGGGAGGAAUCCAGUUCUCCUGGAGUCCCUUUUUGCUAUUUUGUCAGUGACCUCUACUCUGUCAGUGAUGUUCAGUAUGACUCACACGGGGCCUCAGCUGUCAUCUCCUUAAAGACUUCUCCGUAUGCCUACUCCUUCCCCUCAGUACCUGUGAACUCCCUCCGCCUGACUGUGACCUAUCAUAAGGAUAACAUGCUGCAGUUUAAGAUUUAUGAUCCCAACAACAACCGCUAUGAAGUCCCAGUCCCUCUCAACAUACCCAGCGUUCCAUCUGGCACCCCUGAGAGUCAACUCUAUGCUGUCCUCAUCAAGGAGAAUCCAUUUGGGAUUGAAAUUCACCGCAAGAGCACAGGCACUGUCAUCUGGGACUCUCAGCUCCUCGGCUUCACCUUCAAUGACAUGUUCAUCCGCAUCUCCACGCGCCUCCCCUCCCGGUACCUCUAUGGCUUCGGGGAAACUGAGCACACAGCCUUCCGAAGAGACUUGGGAUGGAACACGUGGGGGAUGUUCUCCCGAGACCAACCCCCGGGGUACAAGAAGAACUCCUACGGUGUCCACCCCUACUACAUGGCAAUGGAGGAGGAUGGCAGUGCUCAUGGAGUGCUCCUGCUGAACAGCAAUGCCAUGGAUGUGACCUUCCAGCCCUUGCCUGCCUUGACAUACCGUACCACAGGAGGAAUUCUGGACUUUUAUGUGGUUUUAGGGCCAACUCCAGAGCUUGUCACUCAGCAGUACACUGAGUUGAUUGGCCGGCCGGUGAUGGUUCCUUACUGGUCCCUGGGGUUUCAGCUGUGUCGCUAUGGAUACCAGAACGACUCUGAGAUCGCCAGCUUGUACGAUGCGAUGGUGGCUGCACAGAUCCCCUAUGAUGUGCAGUACUCGGACAUUGACUACAUGGAGCGGCAGCUGGACUUCACCCUUGACGCUGAAUUUGAGGGGUUUCCAGCUCUGAUUACUCGCAUGAGGGCCGAUGGGAUGCGAGUCAUUAUCAUUCUGGACCCAGCCAUUUCUGGCAACGAGACCAAGCCCUAUCUGCCAUUCACACGGGGUGUAGAGGAUGAUGUCUUCAUCAAAGAUCCGAGUGAUGGGAGCAUUGUCUGGGGAAAGGUCUGGCCUGAUUUUCCUGAUGUGGUAAUAAACAGUUCUCUAGACUGGGACAGUCAAGUGGAGAAAUACCGGGCAUUUGUGGCCUUUCCAGACUUUUUCCGUAAUUCAACCAUCGCAUGGUGGAAGAGGGAGUUGAAAGAACUGUACACCAAUCCACGGGAGCCAGAGAAGAGCUUGAAGUUCGAUGGCUUGUGGAUUGAUAUGAACGAACCAGCCAGCUUCGUGAAUGGAGCAGUCCUUCCAGGCUGCAAGAAUGCCACUCUGAACAACCCUCCCUAUAUGCCACAUCUGGAGUCCAGGGACCUGGGCCUGAGCAGCAAGACCCUGUGCAUGGAGAGCCAGCAGGUCCUGCCUGACGGCUCACCGGUGCGCCACUACGAUGUGCACAGCCUCUACGGGUGGGCCCAGACCAGACCCACAUACGAAGCCGUGCAGGAGGUGACGGGACAGCGAGGGAUCGUCAUCACUCGCUCCACUUUCCCCUCUUCUGGCCGCUGGGGAGGACACUGGCUGGGAGACAACACGGCCGCGUGGGACCAGCUGAAGAAGUCAAUCAUUGGCAUGAUGGAGUUUAGUCUCUUUGGUAUAUCCUACACAGGAGCAGAUAUUUGUGGAUUCUUUCAAGAUGCUGAAUAUGAAAUGUGUGCUCGCUGGAUGCAACUAGGGGCCUUCUACCCCUUCUCAAGGAAUCACAAUACCAUUGGGACCAGGAGGCAAGACCCCGUGUCCUGGAAUUCUACCUUCGUGACAAUCUCCAAGAGUGUCCUGGAGACCAGAUAUGCCCUGUUGCCGUAUUUCUACACCCUGAUGCACAAGGCCAGCACAGAGGGCAGCACCGUCGUGCGGCCUCUCCUUCAUGAGUUUGUGUCAGACCGGGUGACCUGGACUAUAGACAGUCAGUUCCUGCUGGGCCCAGCCUUCCUGGUCAGCCCUGUCCUGGAGGCUAAUGCUAGAGAUGUCACUGCAUAUUUCCCUAAAGCCCGCUGGUAUGAUUACUAUACGGGUGUGGACAUUCAGUCGACGGGUGAAUGGAAGUCCUUGCCAGCGCCUCUUGACCACAUUAAUCUUCAUGUCCGUGGGGGCUACGUCCUGCCCUGGCAAGAGCCUGCACAGAACACCCACUUAAGCCGGAAGAACUCUCUGGGACUCAUCAUUGCCUUGGACUCUAAGCGAGAAGCAAACGGAGAGCUGUACUGGGAUGAUGGUGUCUCUAAAGAUGCUGUAACUGAAAAUAAUUAUAUUCUGUAUAAUUUUUCCAUCACCUCUAACCGUCUACAGGCAACGAUUAUACAUGCUAAUUAUACAGACCCUGACAAACUCACAUUUACAGAUAUCAUGAUCUUGGGAAUGGACAAGGAACCUACUAAUUUCACUGUCUCCCUAAAUGAUGCUACCACCUCCAUUUCAAACGUUGUCUACACAGCAUCAACAAAGGUGGUGAACAUUACUGACCUCAAGGGACUGGUACUGGGACAAGCAUUCUCCAUUCAGUGGGAUCUGCCGGUCAGUGACCUGCAGAAGUUCAACUGCUUUCCUGAGCAGCCCGCUGUCUCCGAGGAGAGUUGCAGGGAGCGGGGGUGCCUUUGGGAGCCCACGACUGUUCCUGGGGUGCCCACCUGUUUCUAUGACACCAUCCCUAGUUAUGCUGCCAGCAACAUUCAGUACCUGCCUACGGGCAUCACUGUAGACCUCACCCACCUGACAGCCUCGGAAGCUGCACAAGCUACGGUGCCACCACCAUCAUCACGGGACGAGCUACCCCCACCUGCAGCCACAGCGAAGGCCGCCUCUGCCUCUGACACUCUCUCUGCAACCAUCGGCUUUCUCCGCCUGAGUGUGAUCUACCACACAGAGAACAUGCUGCAGUUCAAGAUCUAUGAUCCCACUAAUAAAAGGUAUGAGGUCCCAGUGCCUCUGAACACCCCUUCGUCUCCAGUGGGCUCCCCUGAAAACCGUCUGUAUGAUGUCAAGAUUCGGAACAAUCCUUUCGGGAUCCAGAUUCGAAGAAAAAGCUCCAGCACUGUGAUUUGGGACUCUCAGCUCCCUGGAUUCACCUUCAGGGACAUGUUCCUUUCCAUCUCCACACGCCUCCCCUCUCAGUACCUCUAUGGCUUUGGGGAAACUGAGCACACAACUUUCAGAAGAAACAUAAGCUGGCACACGUGGGGGAUGUUUGCCCGAGAUGAGCCACCAGCGUAUAAGAAGAACUCCUAUGGUGUCCACCCCUACUAUAUGGCACUGGAGGAGGAUGGCAGUGCCCAUGGAGUGCUCCUGCUGAACAGCAAUGCCAUGGAUGUGACAUUCCAGCCUACUCCUGCCCUGACAUACCGCACCACAGGAGGCAUUUUGGACUUUUAUAUGGUUUUGGGGCCAACCCCUGAGCUUGUAACUCAGCAAUACACUGAGUUGAUUGGUCGGCCAGCAAUGAUUCCCUAUUGGGCCUUGGGAUUCCAGCUGAGUCGCUAUGGAUACCAGGAUGAUUAUGAAAUCUCCAGUUUGUAUGUUGCAAUGACGGCUGCUCAGAUUCCCUACGAUGUCCAGCAUGUAGACAUUGACUACAUGGACCGGAAGCUGGACUUCACCCUCAGCCCCAGCUUUCAAAAUCUUGGUCUCCUGAUUGAGCAAAUGAAGAAAAAUGGCACGAGAUUUGUUCUUGUUCUGGAUCCAGCCAUUUCUGGCAAUGAGACCCAGUAUCUCACAUUCACCAGAGGGAAGGAAAGUGAUGUGUUCAUCAAAUGGCCAGACAACAGCGAUAUUGUCUGGGGAAAGGUUUUGCCAGAUCUGCCCAAUGUGAAUGUGGAUGGGUCCCUUGAUCUUGAAACUCAGGUUAAGCUGUACAAAGCCCAUGUUGCUUUUCCUGACUUCUUGCGGAACAGCACAGCUGCCUGGUGGAAGAGGGAGAUAGAAGAGCUCUACAGAAACCCUCGAGAGCCAGAGAAGAGCUUGAAGUUUGAUGGAUUGUGGAUUAACAUGAAUGAACCAUCGAACUUUGUGAAUGGAUCUGUCACGGGCUGCAGCAAUGAAAUUCUUAAUAAUCCACCCUAUGUGCCAUACUUGGAGUCCUGGGACCAGGGCCUGAGCAGCCAGACCCUGUGCAUGGAGAGCCAGCAGGUGCUGCCCGAUGGCUCACCGGUGCGCCACUACGACGUACACAGCCUUUAUGGCUGGGCCCAGACCAGACCCACGUACGAAGCCGUGCAGGAGGUGACGGGACAGCGAGGGAUCGUCAUCACUCGCUCCACUUUCCCCUCUUCUGGCCGCUGGGGAGGACACUGGCUGGGCGACAACACGGCCGCGUGGGACCAGCUGAAGAAGUCAAUCAUUGGCAUGAUGGAAUGCAGUCUCUUUGGAAUCUCCUAUACAGGAGCAGACAUCUGUGGAUUCUUUGGAGAUGCUGAGUAUGAGAUGUGUGUUCGCUGGAUGCAGCUGGGGGCGUUUUAUCCAUUUUCCAGGAACCACAACACAUUCGGGACCAGGAGACAAGAUCCUGUGGCCUGGGACUCAGCCUUUGAGACGCUCUCAAGAAAAGCCCUCCAGACCAGAUACACUCUGCUGCCUUACCUCUACACCCUCAUGCAUAAGGCUCACGCUGAGGGCAGCACUGUGGCUCGACCCCUUCUCCAUGAGUUUACAGAGGAACGCACAACAUGGGAUAUAGACCAUCAGUUCAUGCUGGGCCCUGCCAUCUUAAUUAGCCCCGUGCUGGAAAAUAAUACUUUUCAGGUCCAGGCUUACUUUCCCAGAGCCCGUUGGUAUGACUACAGCACGGGAUCGGGCAAUGAAUCAAGAGGUGAGUGGAAAGUCCUGGAGGCUCCCCUGGACCAUAUCAACGUUCAUGUCAGAGGAGGCUACAUCCUGCCUUGGCAAGAACCUGCGAUGAACACUCACUCCAGCCGACAGAAAUAUAUGGGAUUGAUUGUUGCUUUGGAUGACAAUGGGAGAGCUGAAGGUCAGCUGUUCUGGGAUGACGGACAAAGCAUUGAUACCUUUGAAAAUGGAAACUAUUUCUUGGUAAACUUUACAGCAGCUCAGAGUGUACUGCAAAUCCAAAUGAUACAUAAUAAUUAUUUGAGUGACACUAAUUCACUGAAAGUUGGAUAUAUUAGUAUCUGGGGCAUAAACUCUACUGAUAUAACACAAGUGAAUGUCUCCUAUGACAAUCAACAAUUCAUGGUGAUGAAUUUCAAGAGUGACCCUUACAAUCAGACACUAAAUAUUCAAUUGACUGACAAGAUUAUCAGCCUGGAAAAGUUAACUGAGGUUACUUGGAUUCACGGUGGUCCUAUAGUUUCUACUACAGCUAUGAUGAGUACCUUCCCAAUGAGCUCUUCACAUCCUUCCACAGCUUCUACUACUGCUGCUACUUCUGUUACCACCAGUUCUUCUGCUUCAAGUGGCACGAGUACUAGUACCGCUGAUAGCACUAGUGCCACUCUUCCUAUGACAACCACUUCUUUCCCAACAAGUGCUACUGAAGUUUCAGCUGGUGCUACUGUUGCCAAUACCAGUGCAUCUCUCCCUACAAACACUGCUACUGAGAGCACUAGUGUUAUGCUUCCCAUCACAACCAUGCCUUACCCAACAAGUGCUACCGAGGUUUCAACUAGUACUACUGUCCCUAAUGCCACUCUCUCGUCCCCUGUAAAUACUACUCUGGAUAUCACUGACAUUACUCUUCCUAUCACGGACAUGCCACACACAAGUGCUACUCAAGUUUCAACUAGUACUACUGUCCCUAAUACCACUAUACAUUUCCCUAUUAAUACUACUACUGAUAGCACUAAUGUUACUCUUCCCAUCACAACCAUGCCUUACUCAACAAGUGCUACUGAAUUUUCAACUAGUACUUCUGUCCCUAAUGCCACUAUACCUUCCCCUACAAAUACUACUACUGAUAGCACUAAUGUUACUUUUACUGUCACAACAAUGCCUUACCCAACAAAUGCUACUGAAGUUUCAACUAGUACUACCAUCCCUAAUGCUACUAUCUCUUUCCCUAUUACUACUACUACUGAUAGCACUGAUAUUACUCUUCCUAUCACAGACAUACCAUACACAACAAGUGCUACUCAAGUUUCAAUUAGUACUUCUGUCCCUAAUGCCACUAUACCUUCCCCUAUAAAUACUACUACUGAUAGCACUAAUGUUACUUUUACUGUCACAACAAUGCCUUACUCAACAAAUGCUACUGAAGUUUCAACUAGUACUACCAUCCCUAAUGCUACUAUCUCUUUCCCUAUUAAUACUACUACUGAUAGCACUAUUGUUACUCUUCCUGUCACAACCAUGCCUUACCCAACAAGUGCUACUGAGGUUUCAACUAGUACUACUGUCCCUAAUGCCACUCUCUCUUCCCCUGUAAAUACUACUCUGAAUAGCACUGACAUUACUCUUCCUAUCACAGACAUGCCAUACACAACAAGUGCUACUCAAGUUUCAACUAGUACUACUGUCCCUAAUACCACUAUACCUUCCCCUAUAAAUACUACUACUGAUAGCACUAAUGUUCCUCUUCCAGUCACAACCAUGCCUUUCCCAACAAGUACUACUGAAGUUUCAACUAGUACUACUGUCCCUAAUGCCACUAUACCUUCCCCUAUAAAUACUACUGAUAGCACUGAUAUUACUCUUCCUAUCACGGACAUGCCAUACAAAACAAGUGCUACUCAAGUUUCAGCUAGUACUACUGCCUCUAAUAAUACCACUAUUUCUUCCCCAAUAAAUAUUACUACUGAUAGCACUAAUGUUCCUCUUCCAGUCACAUCCAUGCCUUACCCAACAAGUACUGCUGAAGUUUCAACUAGCACUUCUGUCCCUAACACCACUGUAUCUUUCCCUAUAAAUACUACUACUGAUAGCACUGAUAUCACUCUUCCGGUCACAGCCAUGCCUUACCCAACAAGUACUACUGAUGUUUCAACUAGUACUACUGUCCCUAAUACCACUAUUUCUUCCCCAAUAAAUAUUACUACUGAUAGCACUAAUGUUCCUCUUCCAGUCACAUCCAUGCCUUACCCAACAAGUACUGCUGAAGUUUCAACUAGCACUUCUGUCCCUAACACCACUGUAUCUUUCCCUAUAAAUACUACUACUGGUAGCACUGAUAUCACUCUUCCGGUCACAGCCAUGCCUUACCCAACAAGUACUACUGAUGUUUCAACUAGUACUACUGUCCCUAAUACCACUAUUUCUUCCCCAAUAAAUAUUACUACUGAUAGCACUAAUGUUCCUCUUCCAGUCACAACCAUGCCUUACCCAACAAGUACGACUGAAGUUACAACUAGUACUACUGUCCCUAAUGCCACUCUCUCUUCCCCUGUAGAUACAACUACUGAUAGCACUGAUAUCACUCUUCCUAUCACAGACACGCCAUACACAACAAGCGCUACUGAAGUUUCAACUAGUACUACUGUCCCUGAUAUCACUAUAUCUUCCCCAAUAAAUACUACUGCUGAUAGCACUAAUAUUACUCUGCUAGUCACAACCAUGCUUUACCCAACAAGCGUGACUGAAGUUUCAACUAGUACUACUGUCCUUAAUACCACUAUAUCUUCCCCUAUGAAUGCUACCACCGAUAGCACUAAUGAUCCUUUUCCAGUCACAACCAUGCCUUUCCCAACAAGUGCUACUGAAGUUUCAACUAGUAUUACUGUCCCUAAUACCACUCUCUCUUCCCCUGUAAAUACUACUACUACUGAUAAUACUCAUUUCACUCUUCCUGUCACAGCCAUGCCUUCUUACACAACAAGUACUACUGAAGUUUCAACUAGUACUGCUGUCCCUAAUACCACUAUUUCUUCCCCAAUAAAUACUACCACUGAUAGUACCAAUGUUUCUCUUCCAGUCACAACCAUGCCUUACCCAACAAGUGCUACUGAAAUUACAACUAGUACUACUGUCCCUAAUACCACUAUUUCUUCCCCAAUAAAUAUUACUACUGAUAGCACUAAUGUUCCUCUUCCUGUCACAACCAUGCCUUACCCAACAAGUACUACUGAAGUUUCAACUAGUGCUACUGUCCUUAAUACCACUAUAUCUUCCCCUAUGAAUGCUACCACCUAUAGCACUAAUGUUCCUCUUCCAGUCACAACCAUGCCUUACCCAACAAGUGCUACUGAAGCUACAACUAGUACUACUGUCCCUAAUGUCACUAUAUCUUCCCCAAUAAAUACUACUGCUGAUAGCACUAAUGUUCCUCUGCCAGUCACGACCAUGCCUUACUCAACAAGUGCUACUGAAGUUUCAACUAGUACUACUGUCCCUAAUACCACUCUCUCUUCCCCUGUAAAUAGUACUACUACUGAUAGUACUCAUAUCACUCUUCCCGUCACAGCCAUGCCUUCUUACACAACAAGUACUAAAGUUUCAACUAGUACUACUGUCCUUAAUACCACUAUAUCUUCCCCAAUAAAUACUACCACUGAUAGUACCAAUGUUUCUCUUCCAGUCACAACCAUGCCUUUCCCAACAAGUACUACUGAAGUUUCAACUAGUACUACUGUCCUUAAUACCACUAUAUCUUCCCCUAUGAAUGCUACCACUGAUGAUAGCACUAAUGUUCCUCUUCCGGUCACAACCAUGCCUUACCCAACAAGUGCUACUGAAGUUUCAACUAGCACUACUGUCCCUAAUACUACUAUAACUUCCCCUAAGUAUACUACAACUGAUAGCACUGAUAUCACUCUUCCGGUCACAGCCAUGCCUUACCCAACAAGUGCCACUGACGUUACAACUAGUACUACUGUCCCUAAUACCACUAUGUCUUCCCCAAUAAAUAUUACUACUGAUAGUACUAAUGUUCCUCUCCCACUCACAACCAUGCCUUACCCAACAAGUGCUACUGAAGUUACAACUAGUACUACUGUCCCUAAUGCCACUCUCUCUUCCCCUGUAGAUACAACUACUGAUAGCACUGAUAUCACUCUUCCUAUCACCGAUACACCAUACACAACAAGUGCUACUGAAGUUUCAACUAGUACUACUGUCCCUGAUAUCACUAUAUCUUCCCCAAUAAAUACUACUGCUGAUAGCACUAAUGUUCCUCUUCCAGUCACAACCAUGCCUUUCCCAACAGGUAGUACUGAAGUUUCAACUAGUACUACUGUCUCUAAUACUACUAUAUCUUCCCCUACAAACACUACUCAUGUCUAG